AUCAUUGUCAUCAACAUUCAUUAGGUACCUUCUCACUCAGGGCACUGUGACAGACACAGGGUUGUAAGCUGUAAUGUGGAGACGACUUUCCUCUUUGACAGUGGAUCUUCAUGGAGGAACACGGAGUGACCCAAACUGAACACAUGGCUACCAUAGAAGCGCAUGCAGUGGCCCAGCAAGUUCAGCAGGUCCACGUGGCCACCUACACCGAGCACAGCAUGUUGAGUGCCGAUGAAGACUCACCUUCUUCUCCUGAGGACACCUCGUAUGACGAUUCAGACAUACUUAACUCCACAGCGGCUGAUGAGGUAACAGCCCAUCUGGCUGCUGCAGGUCCUGUGGGAAUGGCUGCUGCUGCUGCUGUGGCAACAGGAAAGAAACGGAAACGUCCUCAUGUGUUUGAAUCUAAUCCAUCUAUCCGGAAGAGACAGCAAACACGUUUGCUUAGGAAACUUCGAGCCACACUAGAUGAAUAUACUACUCGAGUGGGACAGCAAGCUAUUGUCCUUUGUAUCUCUCCCUCCAAACCCAACCCUGUCUUUAAAGUGUUCGGUGCAGCUCCUUUGGAGAAUGUGGUGCGUAAGUACAAGAGCAUGAUCCUGGAAGACCUGGAGUCCGCCCUGGCAGAGCACGCCCCUGCGCCACAGGAGGUUAACUCAGAGCUGCCGCCUCUCACUAUCGAUGGAAUUCCAGUCUCUGUAGACAAAAUGACCCAGGCCCAGCUUCGGGCAUUUAUCCCAGAGAUGCUGAAGUACUCUACAGGUCGGGGGAAACCAGGCUGGGGCAAAGAAAGCUGCAAGCCCAUCUGGUGGCCUGAAGAUAUCCCAUGGGCAAACGUUCGGAGUGAUGUGCGCACGGAAGAGCAGAAGCAGAGGGUUUCAUGGACCCAAGCACUACGGACCAUAGUUAAAAACUGUUAUAAACAGCAUGGGCGGGAGGACCUUCUCUAUGCUUUUGAAGAUCAACAAACACAAACACAGGCCACAACCACACACAGUAUAGCCCACCUGGUACCAUCGCAGACCGUAGUCCAGACUUUCAGUAACCCUGAUGGCACUGUCUCGCUUAUCCAGGUUGGUACAGGGGCAACAGUAGCCACAUUGGCUGAUGCUUCAGAAUUGCCGACCACAGUCACUGUUGCCCAAGUGAAUUAUUCGGCGGUUGCUGAUGGAGAGGUGGAACAAAACUGGGCCACGUUACAGGGGGGUGAGAUGACCAUCCAGACAACGCAAGCAUCAGAGGCCACCCAGGCGGUAGCAUCACUGGCAGAGGCCGCAGUGGCAGCUUCUCAGGAGAUGCAACAGGGAGCUACGGUCACCAUGGCACUCAACAGCGAAGCUGCCGCCCAUGCUGUCGCCACCCUGGCCGAGGCCACCUUGCAAGGGGGGGGACAGAUCGUCCUGUCUGGGGAAACCGCAGCAGCUGUCGGAGCACUUACUGGAGUCCAAGAUGCUAAUGGACUGGUCCAGAUCCCUGUGAGCAUGUACCAGACUGUGGUGACCAGCCUCGCCCAGGGUAACGGGCCGGUGCAGGUGGCCAUGGCCCCUGUGACCACCAGGAUAUCGGACAGCGCAGUCACCAUGGACGGCCAGGCUGUGGAGGUGGUGACGUUGGAACAGUGACAUGCAGCCAUGCCAUGGCAUCAUUUUCUAGUCUACUUCAAAAUUUUUUACACGUUUGCAGAGGUGCAAUCAAAUGGAAUUAAGUCUCUCGACUUUGGAAGAAAAGUUUUGUUAACCUUUUUUUUAAAAAGGAAGAAAGGCAGUGGAUUUUGGAAUUGCAUUUUUUAAAAAGCACCACUCUUGAUUUUCUGGGAUUGGUGGAAACAGAUACUGCGUUGUCAACUUCACAGUCCCGAAAAAGCCAAAUUGUGGCAGGACUUCUUUCUGCGGAAACGUGUGUAUACUUCGG